AUCGCUCCGCGACCAGAGUGAUCUCUCGUGAGUGCUGAGGGCGAUCGAUUCCGAUCGGUAGUUGAACGAGUUUGAGCGCGGUUUGUUGUAUUCGGCGCGAAUCCCUCCGCUGCACCGCCGGUGGGAAGUAGUUUCUCGCGCACGAGGUUUCCUCCGGAGCUCGGGUGUGUGGGUGUCACACUGCCGGUAAAUCGGGAAAGGAAUCACGGGUGCGCGCGCGGAGAAUAAACGUAGGAAACGACAUAUGUACAUACAUACGUAACUUGGCUCGUACGUAGUCGAGUGCGAGUGAUCCCAUUCGAGUUUCAAGUGCUUCCAGACAAGAUUUUAAAGGAGGAGAUCAAGCCGUGUGUUCACACACGAAGCAUUGGACCGCGAAGAGCGUUGUCGCGAGAAGUGUGAGUUUAUCUCUCUCUCUCUCUCUCUCGCCUUCAUCGACUGUCCGAUGAGAUAAUUACCGAAAGAUCGCACGGCAGGUCAGCACACCUGAUAGCGCACCAGCUGGUCUCGGUAGUCCGCAGGGCGGUAUUGGCGGUUUACAACAACAACACCAGCAACAAACGCAACAACCGUUGCACCAGCCCGAUCCCAUGCAGCAGACCAAGGACAAUCUCAAUCCCGCGAACCAACAAACGGGCGCCCUUAGAAACGGCAACCCGCCACCACCUGUCGUCUCUAUGUCACCUGGAGUGAUGCCAUUUUACGGUGAUUCCGGCGCCGGUUUCCGUCCCGCAGCUGGAUUUGGAAAUACGGUUUGGCAUCAGGGAGUCGGACCGGUUGGCACUGUAGCGGUCGAAACGUCACCGGCACCGUGGCCACCUCAGCAAUUCAUUCAGCAGAUUCCCGCGCCAAAUCAGCUCGAGGAGUUGAGGUAUCACGCUCAAUAUGGAGGCGCGACACCCUAUCAUCCUCAAGCAGUUCCGUAUCAACAACAAACGUUCAUACCGGCAGAUCAGUCUGCGUUUCAACGAGCCGGAACGACGGGACAGUACACUAUUACGGGGCAACCUUCACCGCUGACCCCAGUCGGAGGACAAACGGUGGUUUCGACGCCUCAGAGGCAGUUGAAUGGACAAUUUGUAGAUCCCUCGGCUACCGCUAAUCAGUCAGUCGCCUACGAGCGACAGGACUAUGUGAAUGGUUAUCAACAACAAGAUGUAACAAUGGCGCCGCCUCCGUCGACAACUCCGACGAGUCGCAGCAGCUCGGUGCACAUGGACAGUCAGCAGCAACAGCAACAAGGAGGUCCGCAACAGUCAUCGCAGCAGCAGCAGCAGCAGCAGCAACAAAACGCUGCGGAUACGCAAGUAAAGGGUUUCGCAACGAUUGCCGCCUCCAACGUGUCGGGAAACGAGAUGCCUGGGUAUCCACUUCAACCGGACCCACAGAGUUUACACAGCUCUAACGGGUAUCCAGGCUACGUGGAAAUGGGUCAGCAAUCAGCGCAGAACCAAUGGCAAAUGGUUCCGCAACAACAACAGCAACACCAUCAACAAACGCAAAUGCAACAAUCGGUGGUCGACAAUAAUCAACAACAUGUAUGGUCAGAUACAAGCGGAAAGAUGAGCAAUACUGUCAGCAGCAACAUGAAUUGGCAGGAGGGAACGAUGCAGCAGCCACAGAAACCUCCAUCGCAGCAGCAACAACAACAAAAUAUGCAAGGCAACAUGAAGGUGGAACAGCAACAAGCUUCUCAAAUGCAACCACAGGAACUGCCAAGACCAGCGAGUCACAUGAGCUGGGAGACCGGAAGCGUGAAGGAACCCCAAACGCCACAGUCGUGGUCCGAAAACGCCGACAACCAGCAACAAACUCAGGGAAACUGGUCGCAACAGAGUCCGAAGUUACGAGAUCCGCAAAACUCACGGUUGACGCCAUCCAAUCAACAACCGUCUCAGCAUCAGACAUCCUGGCUGCAGCACUCUCCGAAACUGUCAGACCAUCAACACAGCAAUGCUCAACAAAACGCGAGGAUGACGCCUUCUGGCCAGCGUAGCUGGCAGCAAAAUAGCCCGGAGAUACAAGGAUCUCAGCAGAAUCCGAGACUGACGCCUUCCGGACAGCAGAUGCAACAACAGCAGCAGCAACCGCAACAACAACAGUGGACGCAACAAACCAAGGUGGAGCAGAAUCCCAGACUCACACCGUCCAAUCAAAUAUCGUGGCCCGACACGCCGACUAGUCAACCGAAUUGGUCACCAAAUAGCAUAAAAAGUGAUAAUAGUCAACAGCCGCAGCAACAGUGGCAGGACUCGCAGCCCAGUCCUAGACGAACUCCAAGUCAUCAGUGGCAAAAUCAACUGCCACAGGAAAAUAAGUUGGACAGUCGAAUGUCUUGGUCGCCUGUACAUUCUGUAUCGGAAACUCAACCGACUUGGGGACAACAGGCGACAAAGCAGGACAUGCAAAACUCUGGAGAGAGAAUUGCGUGGCAACAACAAACAACAGUGGAUACUAGCAAACCGAACGGAUUUCCGGAGAAUCAGGAUAACCCGGAAAGUCACAUCUAUGCUCAAUCAAAUCGAGUUAAUCUCAAUAGCAGACUGAAAUCGAUGAUUUUGAACAAGCAACAGCAACAACAACAACAACAGCAGCAGCAGCAGAUACAGCAACAACAACAGCAGCAGCAGCAGCAGCAGCAGCAGCAAGCUCACCAUCAUCAAAUGCAAUCGCAGCAUGUUAAUACCAAUAAUGGAUCCACUUCAGAGUAUUCAACGGACGAUCAAAUACGGGAUGCACAUGAAAGCAGCGAGAAGAUGCAAGAGAAACGCACGGAUCAUUUUAUGAACCAAUCAAAUAUUAUUUCGAUGACGCAACCUAAUGAAAAUUUGACCGGUAAUUUUUUAUCGCAUAGCCACCACCCUCGGGUAGAUAAUUUGCCCGACGGUGGUGGCUUAUGGGAAUGGACGGAAGGAGAACACAAUCACAAUAACGACACGAAUAAAGACGACGAUAAUUCCGCAUUGCCGGAAAAUGGAAUGACUGCUUUCGAAAAUUUUAUGAAGAUCGCCACAGAAAAGAGUCAGUCAUGCGAGAAAGACAAGGAUCAAUAUUCGUUGGAGGCAGAAGAAACAAGCAAUAAAGAUCAAGAGAUCGACGACAAGUCUUUCCAGCAAAGAUUGUGUAUGAAUCAAAUUGAGGGCACGUCUUUCGAAGGAUCUCAAAAGAUAUCUGAAAGUGAUGGAAUGAAAAAUAAUUUUUUGAAGACGACAAACGCUACUGAUCAUACAUCUCCUCAAGAUAAAUGCGAUAUCAAUCGUGUGAUUAAACAGGAGAACAUCGAAGAACAAAAUUAUGUAUCCCAUGAAGCGUCCAACAUCGUCGAGAACGAAGAAAAUCGAGAGAUUCCUCGAGAUUAUAAAUUUCGCGGCGAUGGCGGACCGGCAAAGGUGUCGCCGGGAACCGGUUCGUGGUGCUGUCGAAGAGGUGGGACCGAACAGCCGACUCCCGAACAUCUGAGAGACGGCUGUUGUCAGGGUCUUCAAACCAAGGAUGAAAUACUGGAGGAUUCUUCGGAGAAAGCCGAGUUAAAGAACGAAGGACCGAAUAGUCCGAAUACUCCGACUACGACGACAAAGUUGCAAGACCACUUGGACAAACUGAAGAACAAUAUCAGGACCGAAGUGCCGGACUGCAACUGCUUUCCCGCCGAUAAAUGUCCACCAGAGCCCGGUUCGUACUACACUCACCUCGGGGCGGCUGCAAGUCUGCCUGACCUUCGGAAUGAUCUCGAACGAAGAACCGGCCUUAAGGGCGAUGCGAUAAGAUUUGAAAAGGUCGUCUAUACUGGCAAAGAGGGUAAAACCACGCAAGGAUGUCCAAUGGCCAAGUGGAUCAUCCGACGAUCCAGCAUUGACGAGAAGAUCUUAACCGUGGUAAAACAUCGCCAAGGUCACAAGUGUCCAACCGCCUGGAUCGUUGUAGCUAUGGUUGCCUGGGAAGGGGUGCCGACUCACGAAGCGGAUCGUAUCUACACUCUCUUAAGUCACAAACUCAAUCGAUUCGGUCUUCCAACCACCAGGCGAUGCGGUACCAACGAACCGCGAACUUGUGCGUGCCAAGGACUCGAUCCUGACACGUGCGGCGCCAGCUUUUCCUUUGGCUGCUCCUGGUCAAUGUACUAUAACGGCUGCAAAUAUGCCAGAAGUAAAACCGUCCGAAAGUUUCGACUGUCUGUACGAUCGGAGGAACAAGAAGUCGAAGAGAGAAUGCACGUUCUGGCGACGCUUUUGUCACCUUUGUAUCUUAGUCUUGCACCGGAGGCUUUCAAUAAUCAAACUCAAUUCGAGCGGGAAGCGAGCGAGUGUCGCUUAGGAUUUAAACCGGGUCGACCCUUUUCCGGUGUUACGGCUUGCAUUGAUUUCUGCGCACACGCCCAUCGGGAUCUACACAACAUGAAUAAUGGAUGUACCGUGGUAGUUUCUCUUACAAAACAUCGAUCAUUAUCGAAACCCGAAGACGAACAGUUACACGUGCUACCUCUUUACAUAAUGGAUGACACAGACGAAUUCGGUUCAAAGGAAGGUCAGGAGAAGAAGGUUCGCUCCGGUGCUCUUGAAUUUUUAUCCAAAUAUCCAUGCGAAGUUCGUGUUAGAUCGGUACCUCUUCAACCAUGUAGACGUCACGGUAAAAAAAGGAAAGAAGAAGAACCGGAUAUUCAGGCCGGCAAGAAGGAUUCAGUCAAGAUUAUGGAAAGAAUGGCUGAUUCCGGGCGUUCGCCGGGACACGCAGAUUCUUCUAAGCUACAAUCGCAGUUAACACUGGAGAUGACGCCCAUGUUCGAAGGAAUAGACGCGCAGCUGCAGAGUUCUCAGGUAUCAUCCACGGUCUUAGACAGUCCGGUAUCCAUGUAUCAAGGAUGGGGAGCAUAUCAAGGUGAGCAACAGUGGAAUCGAAACGGCUGGCUCGAACAGCGUAAAAAUAAUUGGCUGAAUCCAUGGGGAGAAUAUCCUUCGUUUGGUGGUUUAGAGAGGGACAUCAAAGUGGAUCCAGACAGUACUAGUUUGGAUGAUACUAGGCCCAGGAGUGCCGUUUCUCAAGAAGAGCACAGACCAGGCUCGAGGAAUCUACCUAACUCUACAGUGGACUCAGCCAGAGGAUGUUACGGAAGCUCACCUAGAACUCAUCCCGUUUCGCCUCAUCGUUCGCACAUCGGGAGCAUAUCCGGAGAAGUCUCCUACAACACAUCACCCAGAGGCUGCGUCGCGACGCCACACGAUCCGAAAAUGAUUCCGUUGAAAGGAUUGGAACAUUCAAACAUGGAAAAUAAUUACGAUCAUCAAAUGGCUUCUGGAAUUUACGCCGCUUCUGUCAACGGGCAAAACAACGACUGUUCUCCCUCAAAAAUUGGCUCCCUCAAUCCAUCGCUCGGCACAGAGAUCGCGCAUCGAAACAUUCCAUCCAAGAUGAAUCAGUCGCCAAUUCACGUGCGCAACAUGGGGCAAGAUUGUGUCACUAAUCAAUUGAGGUUGCCGUCUCCUAAAUAUACGGGAGAUUUUAAUCCACAAAAAUACUCGGAUGCCAUGACACAAAAUUACACAGAUGUCGAAGACUGUACGAAAUCGUCACUGCUCAGGCCACAAGUUGAACAAACGUUUGCAAAUAGAAUGCAACAUCUCUCUCCAUCGAAACAAAUGCAGUCACCCGUAAAUUCUGGCUAUCAUAAUCAAUAUUGUGACGGUAACACGUCAAAUUUAUUUUCUACAGAGACUUCAAACUCGAAUGUUUUGGGACAUAAUUCGUUGCACGUGCCAGAACAGAUGCGAAAUGAUGCGCAAUGCUUGUCGAAUGACCAGCGAAAAUUCAUUUAUCAUGCGCAAAGACAAUCUGAAUCGAAACCCUUUGUGAGCAAUCAUCCUCCGUCCCCGUCUUCUGAACAAUCUUGCCUGCAGAAAUGGAAUAUGGCGAAUUCGUGGUGUGCUAAUCAAGUUAAAAAUUCACAACAAUUUGAUCAGCAGACGGGCGACAAGAAGAUCUGGAUCGGUAAACUAACGAAGCCGGAUCAAACUAAAACCGCUGCCUGGGAAACUUCAUCUGAACCAUCGCCAUUUCGAGUGCCAAAAGGAAGACCACCGUCGCGAACGAUAUCAAGUCAGAAUUUAUCCGCGGAGCCCCAUGCAUAUCCAAAUCCUUUGGCCAGAACAUUUUUGAAACCUCCAGAUUCCAAGCCCAUUUUCCUGGACGCUCCGAAUAGCAACGCGGCCCAAAACGGAUGUAUAUCCAAUCACUUGAAGGACAGUUGCACGGAAGAUAAAUUGCAAGAAGGAUUUUAUGAUAACAAGCAAGAAGUAUCUAAUUCCAAUCCAAAUUCUCUCGCGUGGACCGAAGAGAUGAAACAAGAUUUCCACACUGUGCCCGGUUUAAGUCACCAUGCGUUUCCUCAAUACGGAUAUCCGACCUAUCCGGUGUUCGAGAAACCUUACACGAAUUCAUGGGAGGGUUACAACUAUAACCAUCAUCAAUCAUAUCAGCCUCCGGAACAAUUCUACCAGCAACCAAAGCGCGAAGGUUGCUUCCACUCGUCUCAAUAUCCGUAUCAAGGUUUGAACCCGGCGUAUCAAGGUUUGAAUUCCGGCUGGACGAGGUGGGACACACCGCGAUGGGAUAUUUACGGACCGCCACCUUAUUUCCCGGUUCUACCGGAGCCUCCUCCGAAGGCGGAGCCACUCGGCGAGAUAACGGAUUAUUCCGAGAACGAGGAAUGCUUCAAGGAUUCGCAAAUGGGCGGUGUCGCGAUCGCCCUGAGCCACGGUAGCGUACUCUUCGAGUGCGCGAAGCACGAGAUGCAUGCCACCACCGCACUGAAAAAACCCAAUCGGCUCAAUCCGACUAGGAUUAGCUUGGUAUUCUAUCAACAUCGCAAUUUAAACCGACCCAAGCACGGAUGGGACGAGUGGGAGGAAAAGAUGCGACUGCGAAAAUUGGGUAUCACAACGUCGACUAGCAGUACAUCCGUGUCGACGACCAAUCCAUCGACUCCAACUACCACGACAAGCCCCGGGAGUACGACGAACGAGAAAACGACACCACUUCCGCCACUUUCGCACAUUCCAAAUGUUCCCAGUUCACAGUUCAUGAUGAGAUCACCUACUUACACCACAAUGACUUGGACGACGCUCUUCCCAAUGCAUCCAUGUAUGAUAACUGGACCAUACCAAGAAGGUGGUGCGAUUGGAUGAGUCGAGGUCGGACGGUACAGCUUCGACCGUCGAUGACCGAAGCUUGUACCGAAAAAUGCCAUCGCCAAAAAUGGAAUCGGCUGAAGGAUUCGAGAGACAAGAUCCUGAAGAAGAAUCGCGAGGAAUCCGAUCGAGAAUGAAAUGACGAGGCGGCGACUUUACCAUGAGAGGCUUUAUAUUGUUAUUAUCGUUAUAGUUAGUUAUUCCGAAAACGAGAUACACACACUUUGCACUGCCAUUUUUCUAUUUCGAGUUUUACGCAAGAUUUAAACAUAUAGCGACAAAAAACGUGCUUGAAAGAAAGCCUCGCGCCGGGUGUGACUACAUCACCCUUUGUCGGGGCUC